AUGAGCGGACGCGGUGAAGAGGCCGGGGAGGGCUCUGGCUCCCAGGAACCCGCGGGGGCCGCGGAGCCCCAGAAGAGAAGGCCGGGGAGACCAAGGAAGCCCCAGAAAGAGCCCAGUGGAGAGCCUGUCCCCAAGAGACCGAGGGGCCGGCCUAAAGGAAGUAAGAACAAGGGCCCCUCUAAGGCAGCGCAGAGGAAAGCUGAGGCAACCGGGGAGAAAAGACCCAGGGGGCGACCAAGGAAAUGGGUGAGUCUGUGGUUCUCUUAA